ACCAGCGCGAAUAUAGUAAAAGCAACUGCGACAACAACACUCUGGAAUACUACGUGAGCACAGCCAGUGAACUGCCAAACGCGACGUUUUCAUGUUUUUUACGUAACAUAUGUCAAUUUGACUAUUACAAUAAUAUCGACAGGCGGCAUUACCGCGAUCUAUACGACUCCCAGAACCAAAACGAGAACGAGAACGCGACCGCGAACGAAAACCAUUGCAACAAUAGUAAUAGCCCCAACAUUUACAGUAACAAUCAUAGUUCACAACGAGACAUUCACAAUUGCCUACAAUAUUUGCAACAACAGCAACAACAACUGCUAGUGGAACAACAGUACCUCAGUCAACUUCGUCAUCAACUUCAUCUACGUCAGCAGCAGUACGGCUAUUAUCAGGAGCGUUAUCGGUUAUUGUUACCGGUGCUGCCACGUUUUCCACUUGAAGUGCAACAACAACAGCUAGUACGACCUAUUCAAGCAGUGCAGCAUAGAGCACUAACGCUGGUGCCUACUCAGCAACCACACCAACAGCCUUUGACGGCUUCAUCAUCUUCAUCAUCAUCAGCGGUGGUGCACAACGAAGACGAGAGCGCCGUUGUUGUCGCUUCCGCUUCUGCUCCCGCUUCUUCAGCUUCUGCCCCUGCCUCCACUGUCGCCGUCAUCGCCGCCUCUGGUUCACCCUGCACACAGCUGCGUCCGCAGCAACCAUUCACCCUGUUACAACACACACAAAUGUCCAAUAAGCUAAAUCCCAAACGCCGCGAAGGUCCGAUCACUACCGGCACGGGCACACCAUCGGCCACCAAUACAUCCUCAUCCGCCAACACAUCCUCCUCGUCUAGUUCGUCGCUGUCGUCCGCCGGUGGAGGUGAUGGUGGCAUGUCUGCCGAUCUAACUUCGUUAUUUGAGUGCCCGGUGUGCUUUGAUUAUGUGUUGCCACCGAUAUUACAAUGUUCUAGCGGGCAUCUGGUAUGCGUAUCAUGUCGCUCGAAACUCACCUGCUGUCCAACAUGUCGCGGCCCAUUGGCCAAUAUACGCAAUUUGGCCAUGGAAAAGGUCGCCUCAAAUGUGAAAUUCCCGUGCAAACACUCAGGUUAUGGCUGUACAGCAUCGCUUGUCUACACCGAAAAGACCGAACACGAAGAGACAUGCGAAUGCCGACCAUAUCUGUGCCCAUGCCCGGGUGCAUCAUGCAAGUGGCAGGGACCAUUAGAUUUGGUCAUGCAACACCUAAUGAUGUCACACAAAAGCAUUACUACGCUACAGGGCGAGGAUAUUGUCUUUCUCGCUACCGAUAUCAAUCUGCCAGGGGCUGUUGAUUGGGUCAUGAUGCAGUCGUGUUUCGGCCACCACUUUAUGUUGGUGCUGGAAAAGCAAGAGAAAUACGAUGGACAUCAGCAAUUCUUCGCUAUUGUGCAGUUAAUCGGCUCACGGAAAGAGGCCGAAAAUUUCGUGUAUCGAUUGGAAUUGAAUGGCAAUCGUCGACGCCUAACUUGGGAGGCUAUGCCGCGCUCCAUACAUGAAGGUGUUGCUUCUGCCAUUCACAACUCGGAUUGUCUGGUAUUUGAUACAUCGAUUGCACAGCUGUUUGCGGACAAUGGCAAUCUAGGCAUUAAUGUAACCAUUUCAAUUGUUUAAAAACAGCUUACACACACAUACACACACACAUUUGCAAACACAUAUACACACACACAAAUAGAGAGAGAAGACAAGGACAGGGAAUAUUUGUAGAAAAUAAAGCAUGGAAAUGGUGGAAAAUAGAGCGAGAAUGAGCGAUGGUCACGAGUUGUUGCAAAAAGUGGCGAAGACGACAAAGCGGCAAUUAAAUAUAGAAUAAUAAAUUCAUACAUACCAAGGCGAAUUUAUAGAAGGUGACUUCGCUAGAGCAAAAAGAACAUUUACAUGAUUUUUUUUGUAUUUGUUAGUUAUUGUGUUAUUGCGGACGCCGCAGCCGCAUGUGUUAGUGCGUGGCUACCGUUCGGAAUUCGGAGAGAACGUAGGUUCGAAUCUCCGUGAAACACAAAAAUGAAGAAAAAGUUUUUUUUUUUUAAUAGCGAGCGCCCCUCGGCAGGCAGUGGCAAACCGCCGAGUGCCAUGAAAGAACUCCUCACAAAAACUAUCUGCCGUUCGAAGUCGGCUCGAAAAUGUAGGUCCCUCUAUUUGUAAAACAACAUCACGAAACAAAUAGGAGGAGGAGCUCGGCCAAACGCCCAAAAAGGGUGUAAACGCCAAUUAUGUAUGUAUGCAUAGUUAUUGUGUAGUUUCAUGGCCAAAUAUCAUACAGAAUGUAGGCAAACAAAUAAAGCAGCAACAAAGAAGCAGGGCACUUUGAUAUUUCCAACCAGGAGAUCUCAAAAAAAGAAACAAAUCAACCGCUAUAGCGAAGUCAUCUUAUAUGAAUUGCUGCAUUCUAUUGUAUACGACCUGCAAAAUACCAUUCGAAAUCGGUUUAUUUGUUUUAUUUGUAUAAUAUAUCCAGCAUUUGAGCGUUUCGUUUUGUUCAAGUUGAGUUCAUACAAGGUGAUAUCAGUAAUACACAAACAAAUUUUACGUGUAUUUUGUUUUUGUAAUUUGGUGGCUUGAAUGUCAAAACUGCAAUCAGAAAGUAAACUAACGAAACUAUGAUUAAAAAAAAUCGCAAAAAAAAUAAAAAAAAAUACGAAUCAGCUGUUCUGCUGAUGUCACCAUAUACUUGUGCACCUUGGUUUUAUUUGACGCUUUGCUGGAAUUUUCCGCGUAGGAUAUUUUGUGUUGUUGCUUUCCACAAAUAAUACGCUAAUUUUCUUAGCGUACUUUUGCAGGCCGGUUGCAACAGACUUUAGCUAUAGAUAAAUGCGAGCACAGCCAACUUCAUUUAUUUAACCAAAUUUGAGUUAUUGGUGGAUGAUUGAAUUGAAGUUUGAAAUUUGAGAUUUGUGACCUGCUAUCAACAGAGACUAACAUUGUGAAGCGUAUAUUUGACCAAUAAUUUCCGAAAAGCUCUGCUGGUAUCCAAGCUAGAGUCAGUAUCUGUGUUCUCUUAACUGCAUAUGGAAAUAAAAUCUUAUUUAAAAUGUUUGAAUAUUUUGAAGAUUAGGGGAAAUAAAUUCAAUAUGAAAGUGGCCAUAUGAGCACAACACAAAUAUGUCAACAAACUGUAGUCAUAUAUACACACAUUUUUAGUGUCGUCUUUAUUAGUCUAGUGCCUCUGCAAAAUAAUGCAUCAACAUAAAUAAAAAUGGGGUUUUAUGUACAAUCCUGUUAAAUUUUGUUUAAUGAAAUUAAUUAAUUCCCAUCGAGGUAUGAAUCCUUAUGCGCACAGUAAAGCAAUGCCCGCCAUUUCCAUGUGGAAAAAGUUUCUAAAACGACUUCUCAAAGACGUGACUAAUUUGUAUCCUAUUUUUAUGUUAUUCUUCUAAACCUAUUAUUAAUUAUAAUUAAUGUUAUGUAAUUUCAAAAGAAAACAUUGUGUAGUUUAAUUUAAUACAAAAAGCAAAUAUUUUCUGUCAUUGUACGGCAAACGUCGUGGUGUAAGGAAAAUGCGCAACUAUUUCAUGUAUAUGUAUGCAGGUAUAUAAUCACAUACACACACACAUACAUACAUGUCGAAUAAAAUAUUCUUUUUGGAAAUGUUUCGAUUCCAUGUAUGCUUGGGUGUUUGGCGCCUAUUUUACUUAUCAACCUACAAUUUGCCUUUAUCAUUCUUGUAUAAAUUUGAAGUUUACUUAAGUUCGUUCUUCUAGUUUACUCUAAGAUGUUAAAACUAAAAACCAAAUAAUUAAUACAUGAACUCAUACUUUUGUACUAAAUAAUUAGGGAACUGAA